UGAGAACAUGACAAUUCUGGAUCUACUUUCAGUUCCUGAGCCCCGGUGUGGAGACGCCCCUCGUCGACGGGUGCUAGGCACUCUUCCACAUCUCAGUCUUUAUUUCACACAGCGACAGACCUGGCGGACACUGGCAGCGAAACAACGACACGAACUCCCACAAUACUUUUGAAAUUUAACCCGCUUUAUUUCAAAUUCAAUAGUUAAGAGGCAAAUAUGGCGACUGAAAACAUGGAAAUGAACGGACAUGCCGACGCAGAGGAGCCGCGUCAAGGCAGCUGGAAUCGGAGGCAAGCAGACCAGCCUAUAAACAUGAACCGGUAUGCUAAUAAGAAGAGCGCAGCAGAGAGCAUGCUGGACGUGGCGUUACUCAUGGCCAACGCCUCCCAGCUGAAGGCCGUCCUGGAGCAGGGUCCAGACUUCACCUUCUACACCCCCCUCAUCACCUUCAUCUCCAUAUCCCUCAUCCUGCAGAUCACCGUGGGCAUCCUGCUCAUCUUCAUUGUGAAGUGGAACCUGAACGAUGAGAGCACCCACUACAAGCUGAACAUUAUGGAGAACAUCGCCACAGCACUCAUCUUCAUCAUCGUUGUAGUCAACGUCUUUAUUACGGCCUUUGGUGUCCAGAAGCCCAAUCAAAACUAUUAACCGCCCUCACUCCUUACUCCCCGGUCAUCAAUUAUUAGUUAUACAGGCAUUAUACUGGUGUUAUAUGCACAAUACACACAUAUGCCAACGUGUACCCUUGGUUGAAACCAUCAAACAAGUGUUUGGUAAUCAGUGUCAAAUUGUCAGGUUACAUAAGUUUAAUAAAUAUAUGUAUUGUACAUAGAGUUAGAAUACACAUAGGUGAAUCUUAAAGUAAAUGUUUUAUACCGGAAUGCCAUAGCUGCACUAAGCACAUCACUGCCACUUUACAAGCAAGAGAGGUUCACGGAUCCAGUAUUCCAUCAGAUUCUCCGUGACACCAAAGAAAAUGGAUCGAUCCAUUAUACAGGAUUCCCACUGGCCUUUCAUACACACGGCCAGUCACAAUCUCAGUCAGGUUGACCCGUCUUCAUGACGAUCCUGUCACACUUCAUAUUUUGCUAUCACUUGUGUGAACAAUACAUUGUUCAAAUGACCAAUAGUGUUAAUGUAUUGCCUUUACAAAUAUGGACAUAUCAGGGUUAUUUUAUAUAUACACACACAGCUCAGUGGCGAUUUUUAGCAUGUAAAUCUUGGUGGGGCAAACUCCAUUUUUAGUUUUUUGAUGCAACCACACAACACAAAAAAAAUACAUUAAUUGCAUUAUAACGGUGACAAACAGUGCCCACAAACUGUUGGGACAGCUUGAUGUAGGCCCUAACAGCAGAGCUUUCUUUUCAGCACCAUGGAGUGAAUCCUUACCAUCGCUACACCUGGCUAUUAGCGGAGCCUCGUCCGGCGGCGAAAACAGUUCCUUCAGCCUCACUUGCUUUCUUUUUAAAACCAUAGCUGACUUGCUUAAACAAGCACCUUCAAAAUGGACACCGACAGAAAUUCAGACAGACGUUAAUUCAUAUAAAUUCAGCAAGAUGUUGAGGCCUUACCUUUACUCUUCUUUAAGUCACCACACAGAGAGAGAGAGAGUGAGAGAAGCGGUUAGCCUACCAUUGGAAGUAUUUUAUUAGGCCUGUGGUCUAAAAGGGAAAGGCGAUACAAUCACGAGGAUCCACUUUUAUAGACAAUAUACCAACGCAUAGACAGCGCAAUGCGCAAACAAAACAACCCUCGCAAUAUCAAAUGGAAUCACAUGGGUCUUUUACUGAACUUUUUGUUGAAAACAAAUAUUUGAAUGGGACGAGAGAGACGGUCACUGGCAAACAAACAGCCGAAUGCACUCAUUUGAAGGGGUGUCCACAUACAGUAAAGUAUAUCAUAUCUUAGAGCUGCCGUCGUGGUAACUUUGUUCUAGAAAUACUCAAGCUGUACAGACCCAGCUGCUGUGUUUUUUAGCCCAUUGACUUGUUGUAAUGUUUGAGUCACUCAGCUAUCACAUGAACACACACAAGAUAUGGCAAAAUGUGUAGAAUGCAGGAAAUUAGCUUUUAAACGCCCCCCAAAAAUAUCACCCUCCAUGGCCGCCAUUUUAAAGGUCAUUUCCUGUAUUCCACACAUUUCCCAUAUCUUCUGUGUGUUCAUGUGAUAGCUGAGUGUAUAGAACUGCAGGAAAUAUGCUUUAAACCUGUAAAAUGUUCUCUCCGCCAACAAGAGGGGUGUGAAGAGUUUGUGAACCACUGAUCUAGCGUUGCAAAAUGUUGGUAAUUAUGUGGAUUUAUACCCAAAAUUCUCAUGUUAAGUUACUGGAAUUUUACAACCGGACAUUGACUUUGCGUGCUGCCUUAUAUGUAAUCUCAGGUCUAUGCAACAUACAGUAUGUACCAUUACAAUUUAAACGUAAAAAUGUUUUUAAUAAAAAAUCUAAGUGUGUAUUUCA